GGAAUAUUCCGUAGCCGCCCAAACCAAGAAAAUAGCUGUUGUGGUGGGGUGUAAUUAUCCUGGCCAUUCACUGCGGUUGAAAGGAUGCCACAACGACGCACUGGACAUGCGUAAGGUUCUUCAAAGCCACCUUGGUUUCCAGGCCGAGAACAUUCAUGUGCUGACUGACAAGACCGGAAACACAAUGCCUACGGCACGAAACAUAAAAAGAGCACUGGAUGCAAUGGUAUCCAGAGCAAAAGCUGGUGACACUCUGCUCUUUUAUUUUUCUGGCCACGGCUCCAAAACUGGUGACAAACAAGAGCCUGCUAUUGUGGCGUCAGAUUUUAACUUCAUCACAAGCGUUGACUUCCGCAUCCUGGUCAACCGGGUGCCGCCAGCUGUCACCUUCACCAUCGUUGCUGAUUCCUGCUGUAGUGGUGAACUCAUAGACAAAGAAAAGCCACAGAUUGGGCCGGGCAGCCCCCGGGCAGAAGCUGCUGCUGCUGAAUCAUCGUCUGAUGGUGGCAGUCGGAAUCGGAUGAUGCCGAUCGAGUCCGUGGUCGAAUAUCUGAAGAAUUUAACCGGCAAAACCGAGAGUGAUGAGGUGAGCAUUGGGGCCCUGCUGGUGGAGGUUUUCGGAGAGGAUGCAAGUUUGAUGUUCCGUGACCCACAAAUGGCCAACGCUGUGCGCCCUUUGAAACCAGAUCAGGGCAUAUUGCUCAGCGCGUGCCAAAAAGAUGAGCUUGCAUGUGAAGACGUGAAUGAUCGCCGCAUGAAAUGUGGUGCAUUCACUAACGCAUUACUCAACCAAAUUCUGAGGUCAGGGCAGUAUAAGAGGCUCACAAAUCGAGACACGGUGAUGAACGCUAGAAUUUUUCUGCAGAAAGGACGCAAAAUUGAUAAGCAGCAUCCAUGCUUGUACUGCAGCGACCAGAAUGCCCGUGCACUUUUCCUGGGAAAACCACCGCCAAACACCAAAAACAUUGAUGAUGAUGAGAAAGAAGAAGAAGAAGAAGAAGAAGAAGAAGAAGAAGAAGAAGUC